AGAUGAUCUGCAUAUCAAAAGCGACCAGCAUUGAUCUGAUUUGAUGCUUUUUAAAACACGCGAGUGAUCAAUGUAUUUUGGUGUACUGAAAAUAGCCCACCAUAGGGAACAGGCAGCCAGCCCCAUCAGUCACGUGGUGCAGGGUGCAGCAACGUCAUUAGGGCAGAGAUUUGUGAAGAAUAAGCAGACAGCAGGGAAAGAUCCUCGGAGGUGCGGCAUUUUCUUAGCAUUUGCAUCGUUCCUGUUGGUUUCUUUUUCCCGGCCAGAGAGAGAACAGAGUAUCUGUUCAACAUUUUAGAGACCCAAAUGCCCGGUCCCACCCAAGCCCUUUCCCCAAAUGGAGAGAAUAACAACGACAUCGUCCCGGACAACGGAACCAACAUCAUUCCUUACAGGAAAAAUACAGUGCGGGGAGAGCGCGCCUACAGUUGGGGGAUGGCGGUCAACGUAUAUUCUACCUCAAUAACCCAGGAGACUAUGAGCAGGCAUGACAUCACUGCCUGGGUUAACGAUAUUCUCUGCCUAAACUACACGAAAGUGGAGCAGCUCUCCUCAGGAGCUGCCUAUUGCCAGUUCAUGGAUCUGCUCUUUCCUGGCUGCAUCAGUCUUAAGAAGGUCAAGUUUCAAGCUAAGUUGGAGCACGAGUACAUUCACAAUUUCAAGCUGUUGCAGGCAUCCUUCAAGCGGAUGAAUGUGGACAAGAUAAUUCCUGUGGAGAAACUGGUUAAAGGCAGAUUUCAGGACAAUCUUGAUUUCAUCCAGUGGUUUAAGAAGUUCUUUGAUGCCAAUUAUGAUGGUAAAGAGUAUGACCCAGUUGCAGCCAGACAGGGUCAGGAUGCCAUUCCCCCACCUGACCCCGGUGAGCAGAUCUUCAACCUGCCAAAGAAGUCCCACCAUGCAGCCAGCUCCCCGACUGCAGGAGCAUCGAGGUCGAGUGCCACAACCCCCAAGUCUUCAACACCAACAUCCAGACCCUCGUCAGCCAAAAAGAUCCCUGCAACUGCAGUUCCAACUCCUGCCAAAGGAGAGAAAGAACUGGAAGCACAGGUCACACAACUGACCGAGCAGUUGAACACAUUAAAGUUGGCACUGGAAGGAGUGGAGAAGGAGAGGGACUACUACUUCAGCAAGCUGCGAGAGGUGGAGCUGCUGUGCCAGGAGCAGAGUGAAGAAAAUGCCCCGUUUGUUGAUCGGCUAAUGGAGGUCCUUUACGCCUCAGAUGAACAGGAAGGAGCAGAGCUGGCUGAGGGGGACGGACACGAAGUGGACCAGCAAGCCCAUGAUGAGGCGCCAGAUGAUCAGCAGGAAGAGCAGGAUGAAUACUGACUGCCAUCAUCCCUCACCGCAGUCACACCCCACUUUUUAAUAUGUGAGAACUGUUAAAGGAUUUUAAUUUUUUCCUCAUGGUUUAUUCUUUUUGUUCUCUCCAAGACUGAGCACAUGAAGCAACCUCCUGCGUAGAAGCACCAUCACGGUUUUUUGAAUUUUAUUUUUUGUAUCCCUCUGCUCACUGUUUGAUGUUUUUUGUGACUUUUGGUGAACUGCUGUGGCAGGUUUGUGGUGACGACCUCCACCAGCAGAACAAGCUCAGACCAUCACAGAAGUUUCCGAGGACUGUGUGGGUGGAAAGUCAGUUCAAAUCCUACAGUAGACGUGAUGAAAUGCUGAAGUUUAGACAGGUCACUGUUACCUGUCAGUGCAAGUGUUACCUUCCCAGCUUCCCUCCUUUAUUUUAUUUUAUUUUAUUUUGCAUAUCAACAAUAUUAAUCACAAGAAUGCAAUAAGCAAAGCCCUGAAAGGGCUCGUAGUAGCUCUUAUUUAACCCCCUUCCAUAAGUUGCACUGACAUUUUGACUCUGUAUUGGACAAUCUGUCCAUAGACCCUCACCAUAUUUAUUAUUAUUACGCCUUAGGAAUAGUGCGAGUUUCUGCAUUGCAUCCUCAUGAAGGAGGACAAUACAGUCAAUGCAUUGUGAAUAAAAUGUAGUGUAAUGUCAUCUUAUGACUGUUUGACAACUAUCCUCACAAACGACAGAUAAUCCGCGUGCUCAGCAACGUGUUAUUCACACCAUACGAGGUUGUUUGGUAAUAGAGUUAUCUUGGUAUGCCAUAAACAUAAGGAAGGAGGAGACAUUAUUGUGGAGUAGUCUUAUUAUGAUGCAGCAUUUUAAGUUUUAAACCUCAGCUGGAACUUGUGGUCUGUUCAGAUUUCAGAUGUUUUCUUAGAAGCCGCAGGUCUUAGGGAGAGUCGGUUCACUGAGUAAUUCGCCAUGCUAUAUUCCAGUAAGUACAUUGUAUACCCUUUCUUAAUAUUGCAUUUACUAAUAUUGGACUGGGCAGUGCACCAUAAUGCUUUAGUUAUAUAUUAUUGUGUAAAUGAAAAGGAAUGUAAACAUGUACUGUCAAUAAUUAAUGAAUGGUAAAUGUUUUUUUUCAUGUCCCACUCAUUAUGCAUUCCCCAAAAAACGUGUUGCAUGUUUGCAUUUUAUUUGUGAAUAACUUGACCUGCUUUUUACAUAUUUAAUAAAAAAACAAGUAUGUUAAGUGAGCUUUUUGUAUGUUUAACCUGCUAUUUGAAAGUUGUUGAGAUUCGGAUGGAUUUGCUGUAAUAAAAUCACGUUUUGAGUCCA